GAGCACAGGGGGCAUGGAGUGCUGGGGACACAAGGCAUGUUCAUGGGGCUCGGAAACAUGGCGGCGCACGACCCAUCGACACGCGUCAGCGUCCAGGAGAGGGUCUCCGUGCGGCGGCAACGCGCCACGUCGCCGGGGCGGGGCCGAGGGCGGCUCCCGGUGAGUCACGGCGCUGCCUCUCGCCCCUCCCCGCGCCGCCUCAUAAAUCGCCGCGGAGCCGAGCGCCGCCGCCCGUGUCUGAGGCACGGACUCUCCGUAUGUACCGGAGCGGUGGGCGGACAGCCUUGGGGGGCACCAGCCACGACUUGAGUGACCCCGGGAGGAGGAUGCUGGGGGAGCCCCUGGGAAGCCCUGCCAGGAUCCUUCUGCUCUGCUGGGGCCUGGCUGCUUGCUGCACAGGUGCCAUGGCCUUGCAGCCGCCCAGCAUCACCACCCUGCAGAUGCCAGCAGAGCUUCCUCACCCAGGGGAGAGUGUGACUGUGUCAUGUGAAGCGUUGAGUGAGCUUCCAGAGUCGACACUGCUCUACUGGCUGGAGAACGGCUUCUUCGUGGAGAGCCUGCACCCGGACGGGGCUGUGCGUGAGGGGACAGUGCAAGAGGAGCUGCAGGGCUCAGGAUGGGCCCUGCACCGUGACCUGCACUUCAGCUCUUUCAACAGCCAGCACCUGCACACCAAUUUCACCUGCGUGGUGCUCAGUCCCCUCGGUGUCGACACCAGGGAGGUGCGAUGGCCGUCCCAAGCACUGGCCCCUGUCACUGGGAAGAGUGGGGGCCUGGGCUGAGGGAGCAACUCCCAUGCUGGGUGAGCACCCUGCAGUGCAGCUCCCUGCUCUGACAGCUGCACACUACUGCAUGCACAUGUGAUACCUCCAGGGAGGCCCGUCUCUCUGACCUGCUUUGGGGACUGCAUGGCCCCACAUGUGCUGGCCCCACUGUGAGUGGGGCUCCUGGUGCCCCAAGCUAAGUCAGGAGCACUGCCUGGGUUGGAACCAGCUCUGCCCAUAGCUGGCUCUGGGACCCCAGGGUUUAUUAAAGUACGUCAAGGCUGCCCAGUGUCACCUGCAUCCUGGGGGUGGUGCUGCCCAGGGGUGUAGAGGGCACCUGUGGGAUGAGGAGGGAGGGAGAGGAGGUAGCCCUGGUGCCUGUGAAGGGCAGGAUCCAUUCCUCACCCCCUCCCUGCCUGGUGAAGGGCUAGAGAGCCACAGUCAGUCCCAGUUCUGCCCAGGGAAUACCUGGCACAGUGGCUGUGCCCUGCCCUGGAGGAGAGGGUGGGUGGAGAAGCCCUGGGUUGCAGGCACUGUGGAAGAUGGGACCAUCACAUCCCUCUCUGCACCUGGGGGGGUUGGGGCUGUUCCUCAGCAUGGCAUUGCUGAGUCCCAUCUGCUGCUCCAUGGGGCAGCCCCCGUAACCAUCCUGUGCUGGCAGGGCCCCUGCUCUUAUGUCCCAGCCCCCUUCUUGCUCCCUCAAGUGCUUGUGGGGACUGCGACCCCCCUGGGCUGUGGGACUGGCUGGGGAACAGAUUCUGAGCCUCUUGA